GCCUGCUAGAUGUAGUUCGUUGUUUGACUAGAUUUGCAGCAGCGUUUGUGUGCGUGAAGUGAUGCUUUUGCCUUGCCGGUGGGCAGGCAUUCGUAUAUGUAACGUGAAUUGUAGUGAUUCUGACGUGAUUGUGUAUGUGUUGAUAGUGUAGGUGUUUGCAGUGGUUCCCGAAAGCGAGUUAUCGCGGUCACAUCCUUCGGAAAUGAAAUUCCGUCAUGUACAGGUGUAGCAGCUCUUCUGUGGAACGUUGAAAGCAGAAGUGACUGGAGUGUGCAUGUAAGAUUGGUGUAGAGGGUUAUAAGUGGUAUGAUGCAGAACACCGGCAGUAACACCUCUGUGGUGACAAGUAACGGCAGCUGCGGCGGAAUAUCUACACCAGCCCCUCGAGGGGGCGGUGGUACAACGAUUUCGGCCGCCGCAACUCCAGGAUCCUACAUGUACACCAGCAGCUCCAGUCUACUCCGCUCCUCUACGGGCGAAAAGGCUGUUCCCAGAGCUGUGCCUCCGCCCACACUACCAAAGUACACUGGAGGAUCCUCGUCCUUCAGACUAGCGAGUCUCGACAGACUGGCCCAUCGCCAGAGGCAGUUCGACCAGCAACAAGGAAGCCUGGUCACCACCCAAGUUAAUGGAGAUGCCUCAGCCAUAACAAGUCCGUCCCAGCAGCAGCAGUCGGCGCUGCAAAGUAAACGUGAGCAGUUUUUCAAGAAUGAACUCCCACCAACCUCGUCAGCAACCACUGGUGGCAGCACAGCACUUCCCUCCCAGCAACCACAACCGCCAGCAUCGGGUACACCGCCUGUCAUCUCAACUACUAGUGCUAUUAAAGAGGCCCUGGCGAAGCGUGUUGAACGGAUAACUGAGAAUCAUAUAGGUGGCAGUGAUGUGCCGGAUAAUAAGGAGCGGUUUAAUAAGGCAGAAAAAGACAAGGUUCCGGAGAGGCGGACCAAGGAGCUGGAUGGUUAUGUUGGGUUUGCCAAUCUCCCCAACCAGGUGUAUAGGAAAGCAGUUAAAAAGGGCUUUGACUUCACUCUUAUGGUAGUUGGGGAAUCUGGUCUUGGGAAGUCCACACUUAUGAACUCCAUGUUCCUGGCUGACAUUUACUCAGCUGAAUUCCCUGGGCCAUCACAUCGAAUUAAGAAAACCGUACAAGUGGAGACUACAAAGGUUCUGCUCAAAGAGAAUGGGGUAAACCUAACACUCACUGUAGUUGACACGCCUGGCUUUGGUGAUGCUGUUGACAAUAGCAACUGUUGGCAGCCUGUAAUAGACUACAUAGAGUCAAAGUAUGAGGAGUACCUGAAUGCAGAAUCACGUGUGAACCGUCGCACAUUAGCUGACAACAGAGUACACUGUUGUCUAUACUUCAUUGCCCCAUCAGGUCAUGGCCUCACACCUCUUGAUGUAGAGUUCAUGCAGAGGCUGCACGAUAAAGUCAAUAUCAUCCCAGUCAUUGCUAAGUCUGACACCAUGACACCAGAUGAAUGCAGUCAUUUCAAGAAACAGGUUCUGAAUGAGAUCUCACAGCACAAGAUUAAAAUCUAUGAGUUUCCUGACACAGAAGAUGAGGAAGAAACAAAACUGCAUAAAGUGUUGAGAGAUCGCGUGCCAUUUGCUGUGGUUGGCUCCAACACCGUGAUAGAGGUAGAUGGCAAGAAGAUACGUGGCAGAAAGUAUCCAUGGGGCAUUGCAGAAGUGGAGAACUUGGAGCACUGUGAUUUCAUAGCAUUACGUAACAUGCUGAUACGCACACAUCUGCAGGACCUCAAGGAUGUCACGAACAAUGUACAUUAUGAGAACUAUAGGUGUCGCAAGUUAGCAGGAUUGGGCACUGAUGGCAAGCCAACACGCAUAUCAAAUAAUGUGUGCCCUCAAGGAGUGAUGAACAGUUUCAUGACCGUAUGGAAUCCACUGGCUCAAAUGGAAGAAGAAAAGCGUGAUCAUGAAGCCAAAAUGAAGAAAAUGGAGUCAGAAAUGGAACAGGUGUUUGAAAUGAAGGUUCGAGAAAAGAAACAGAAGCUUAAGGAUUCAGAAGCAGAUCUGCAGCGCCGUCAUGAACAGAUGAAGAAAGCUCUUGAGCAGCAGAUCAAUGAGUUAGAAGAGAAACGGCGAGCAUAUGAGAAAGAGAAACAAGCAUGGGAACAAAGUAACAAUGUGACACUGGAAGAAUUACGUAGGAGAAGUCUUGAGGCAAAUUCCAAAGAGGCAGUAGAUGGCAAAAAGGACAAGAAGAAGAAAGGACUAUUCUAGAAAACCAAGACAUGGAUGGAAAUGCAUAAGAUAAUGUUUGAAGAUUGACUGUGCCAACUGUGAAAGGAAGACUGCUAAUUCCAUGUCCUUCACAGAUUUCUGAUGGCUUUGUAGUGUGGUGAAGAGUGAAGCUUUAUUGUAACAGGGACCACGCCUUAUGUUCAGAAUACAACUGUGACAUGUUAGAUGUGAAUGUUGAAUUACCAGAAUUGAUUGUGGUUGUAUCUGAUGUUGGGUACUCGUUAGUGAAGGAAGAGUUGAAGAUUUCAGUGAUUAUUGAUAUCACAGUUCCAAAGGCUCACAAAAAAUUCAUUCUUUGGGAGUGCCAACUGUAUGAUCUCCCCCAAAUAUACUCAUUCCCCUCUAAAUUUAUCAUGUUAGUAUGAUUGAGUAUUGUAGUAUAUAUUACAUAACAAAAUAAGAGAUGCCUUUUCAUCUCAGCUCCAGUAUCAUAACGUAAGUGGAACAAGGAUAUGCUAUAUUAUUAAUGUUCUGUGAGAUCAGGUUGCAUUAGUAAUUAAAAAUGUAUAUGUUAACAUUUAUUUCAAAAUAAUGAAGACAUUGUACAUAGAAGUUCUGACCAAAGUUUUCUCUUAGAAAAAGCUGUCAGAAAUUUGUAGAAAAAAUUGAUUUAAUUUACAUAUAGCUGUGUAAUAAGCAGUUAAUUUGAUGAGGCAUGUCUUUCAGUUGUGAAGUUCUUAAAUUGAGCUGUACUCGUAUGUCUUAUUAGUAGACAUGUGUAUGAAAUAUUGGCUCUGAAGACACAAUUGAACCAUGUUAGAAAUUCCAGCAAUACUGCAUUUCAUGCAUGUAUAGUUGACUGAAAACAUGUUAAAUACUCUCACAUAUUUUUAGAUACAGAUGUAAUAAACCCAGCACGUGAAUUAUAUAAUGGAAGUCUUUCCCUUUAUUAAUGUGCCUGGCUCAAAUGGAGCUCUUUGAAGUUCUAGGUGAUAACUUACAAUUAUAACCACGGCAUCAAAUUUUUUAGGAAGUAAAACUGAACUUCAAAAUCAUGUCAGCCAUAAUGGAAACUAGUUAAUGCUGUUAAAAUAACAUGUUAUAAAAUUAUUCUCUUUGAUGUCCAUUGUCUCGGUUGUAUUUAAAAUUGCAGAACAUUUUUGAAGCUGGGUCUGCUUUCAUCAUCAGGUGUAAAAUUGUGUGUGGGUGGGGGGGGGGCUGAAGGAUCCUGCUCAGUUUGGUCUGUUAGACAGAGCUGGUGUCAGUCAUUGGGCAGUGUAUAUAUUCUGCUGCUUUCACAAGUCAUGUAAGAGAUGGAGAUACAAGCAGGAAAUAACACCAGAACCAUAUGUUGAAAUCAUAUAUUACCAGUAGAAGCAAAGAGUAUGGACAGUCCAAGUAGCAAAUGAAUCUGUAUGGUGCUGACAUCUGUGCUAGGUUGGCUGAUCACCCAUCAUUUUGAUGAAGACCAUCGUCUUUAGUUUUCUAGUGAUCCAGUUUGCACAAAGAAGAAAACAGAAUGAUCUGAAAUAUCAAAAAGAUGGUCUUCAUCAGUACAGAAUGGGUGAUGAGACAGCCUAGCUCAGAUCUCAGGACUGUGUGACUUCCCCUGCUUUGAUUAUAAACUCUCUAUACUCUCUGCUCCCCGAGGUAAUAUUUGAAAUCAACAAAUUGCUCUAGUGUUGUAAUUACUGCUUUCAUCUGUCUCCCAUGUAUGGCUUGUGGCAGCAGCAAAAUAUAUAUACACUGCCCACAACUUCCUUCAUUGUUCACCACUAAAGACUGGCUGUCUUAACGGGCCCAGCCGAGUGGGAUCCAUUCCCGAUUUUUACACCUGGUAACAGAAGCAGUUUCAUCAUGCCAAACUCAAACAUUAUGUUAUUUUAAACACAACUAAGACAAGACAAUGGACAUCCUCCAACAAAAUAAUUUUACAGUUAAUAACAGAUUGUUGUCAUGGACCUUUCAGAGAAUCAUUAGAAUAAUGUGUCUUUUUAUCUUAUUUAUUGUGUUGAUCACAGUUUGAAAGUCAUUAUUCUGUGAAUGAAAUGUAAAAUAGUCUAAAAUGGCUUCCCAUAAGUCACACGACAGUAAUAUUGGCUCUUGUCUCAGAUAUAGUCGAUAUACACUGUGUUCUGGGAGUCUGCUGUAUACCCAUCAUCUUCACAGAGUUGGUUACUUUUAUACUGAUAGGUUUUCAUUUUGUUUUGUUUUCACCAUUAAUUGUAAUCAUGAGGCUUACACCAAUCUCAAAAGUGAAAUUAUAAAGGAAUGUAUCAGUGCAGUGGCACAUGAGAGAAGUGACAACCCCCAACAGAGUUGUCUGCAGCAUAUGUAAAUGUACAUAAUGACCAAUAUAAUUUUGAUGUACUGAAUGAAUGAUAGGCACAAGCCUUUACAAAAUGAUUGAUUUCUGUCAUAAAGCAGCGUCAUGUUUAUAUAACCUGAAGGUCAUGGACAUGUGAAUAGCAGGAAAUGUUCUGCCAUCAAGAUAGCAUAUGUGUUGGACAUGAAUAGUGAGAGUUCUUGCUAAAAUCGUUGCCAUAGCUACAGUGAAAUGAGGACAGUUUCCUCUCACACUAGUCCUGUCACAUCCAGUCUUCAUAAAUAAUGUGAACUAUGAACAGUUUUAAAUCUUAAGUACCAAAAUAAUUGUGUCAAAAGUCAUAAAAAUGUGAGAUACCGUUUUACUGAUCACUCAUGGAGCUGAGCCCUUCUUGAGUAGCUGCCAAUUGUGCAGCUACUCAAGAACUUCCCAGCAUUUUAUGGA